AUGGAGCAGCACAGAGGAAAGAAAAGAGGCAAACUCUCCCCCCCCCUUUUGCCAAACACAAAAGAUGUUCCAACAGUGGGACCGUCCUGGUGUCUCUCCAACUCCACACGUCAAAACAACGAGACGAUCCGGAAAAACACUUGGAAAGGAUCCGCCGAGGUGAGGAGAGAUCGUGCCGGUUUUCCUUGGAAAAAUAAAAUCAUGCACAUCUCGACUUGGGAAUACUACUUUCUCCUCGCUUUGGUACUCAUUCCCGUGUACUUGUUUUUCCGGCUUUGGUCUUGGCUUGGAUGGGAGCUGUUUGUAAAUAACUAACAACGUUACUUUUUUUCUAUGAUAAAAUAAUUUAACUAUAUAUUAUAUAUUUG